AUGGAUGAAGAAGGGGAAUUUGUAAAUGUCGAUGGGUAUCUUUUGCAAGCGCGAUAUGUUGUCUACCUAAUGCACACGCGAAAAUGCAAGAAAGUCGACAAGUACUUCCCGCACGAGGUUCACCAUCUUCGCCUCAUCCUCUCCCACUUUGACGCCCUAAAGAAGUUCGAGAAGAAAUUCACCAAAUUUGUCGCUGACGCUGAAUAUACAAGAGAGCAAUCGCCAGAUUUUACGAGAAAAGGAAUUCACGAUUCGUAUCUUGUCAUUGUUGCUUGGCUCUCGUCUCUGAUGCGAAUUCCGUUUUCGUUCGAAAAGAUCAGCCCGGGUUUCAGAGGAAAAGUGAUCGAUAUCUGCAAGGAAUUCAUCACUCAUACUGGCACGACUGGAGAUAUGGCCUGUAUGUGUCUUGCCCGGUACUACAGUCGCUCUGAUAGUGACCUCAGCGACGGACACAUCAACGAAAUCCUCGAAAACAUCUCCUCUUCCAUCGACGACGGAGAAUACGCUGUCAAACGGGUCUACACAGUCGUCGGAAGCUUGAAAUUCCUCUGUUAUUUGUACAAAGUUGGGCCGAAAGAAAAACUCCGAAGCUUGAACGAGCAGGUUUUCGAGGUCGUGCAAAAAGUCGCCGAGAUUUACGAAGGAAUUUAUGACGAGAAGCUGAAAGAUUCGACGGUCCAACGUUUUCUUUCGAAACUAGCAGGGAGAAUAGCGCUGACAGAACUGAAAGCUCGCCAGGCAAAGUGGAAGUACAACCGUGGAAGUCGGAUACUAGGAGUUCAACGAGUUCAAGCACUUGAAGACAUUCAGGAUGUGGAAAUCAAGGAAGAGGAAGAAGAAGAUAAUGAAAUCUCCGAAACAGUCGAAGCCGUUCUGUCUCUACUGAUCAAUUGCCUCUCAGACAGCUCAACAAUGGUUCGCUGGAACGCUGCAAAGCACCUCGGCCGAGUUACAGAACGCCUCGAUGCUGAUAAUGCCUCCAUCAUCCUCGGUGAAAUCAUCAACUUGUUGGACGAAACAAACGCGGAAGCAAGCUGGCAUGGCGGCUGCUCGGCGCUUGCGGAGUUUUCUCGACGAAAUAUGAUCACGCAAGAACACAUAGAAAUCAGCAUCACGAAGAUCAAAGAAGGGCUUUGCUACGAUAAGCGAAGAGGAGAAGGAUCUGUUGGUUCGAAUGUCCGAGACGCGGCUUGUUACGCUUCUUGGACCUUUGCUCGUGGCUUCCAUCCGGCGCAUCUGAAAGACUUCAUUCAAGAUUCCGUCAAGACUUUGAUAACCACAGCAUGUUUCGACAAAGAAGUGAGUUGUAGAAAAGCGGCUCAAGCAGCGCUACAAGAAAACAUCGGCCGGUUGCCGCUCGAUUUUAUCCCCAACGCUCUGGAUUUGAAUCAACUCCUGAACUUUCAAACGAUCGCGCAAUUGGCUUCCGCCGCUCAAGUGGGAGCGCAAAUUGCGAUUGAUUUCCCAGAAUAUAGAGCGGGUAUUAUCGAGUAUCUCGCGACAAACAGAGCUGUUCACUGGGAGCUAGAAGUUCGCCAAGCUGCCGCGAAGAGCAUCGCGACUACUCUUAACCAUCCUGAUUGCCUGAACCUUUUCAGGAAGCAUCUUCCACAGCUUCUGGAACAGGGGCUGACGAAGAACAACGAUUUCAUCCUCCACGGCGCUGUUAUGACCCUCUCCACAACCUUCGACUUUUUCAUCUCCCACGAGCCGGAUUCGAUGCUCAAGAUUCAAAAAAUCCUCGACAAUCUUAUCCAUUCCCGGCAUUUCUCCGAUCCAGCGAGCUUUAGCUACAUCCUCCGACCUUCCAUUCUCGAUUUACUUAAAGUUUAUGCAGCGGAAUCCAAGAAGACACAGAAUUACGACAAGUUUGUCGAGUGGAUUGACUCGAUUCAAGAUAGCGUUAUGAAAAUGGGACAGCUUCCUGAUGCGCUUGUUGAGCUGGGAUUGAGGGGUCUCUGUCAGAGUAUUACGCCGGCGAUUGAAGUUUUGAUUUGCGCGCUUCCGGAGAAGGAACAAGUGGCGAUUUGCGAGAGACUGAUCUCCCAAAUCAUCUCAAACAAAGCGACAAUCUUGGAAAGCGCUAGAAUCUGCGCUUGCUAUCUUCUGAAAUCAUACAAUGUCGUGAAGCAGUCUCAAAUUUUCGAGCUAUUCCACCUUGUAACUGAAGGAGUUCGAUUAGAUGCGAAGAAAAAUCCAACGCGUCAUUACUUUGUCGAUCUUCGUGCUGAGCUGAUGCAGUACUCCCUCGACAUUCUUCUCCAAAACCCUACGCAAGAAACACUCGACAAAAUCGGGAAUACGCUCGUUUUAUCGCUCGACGAUUACACUCGAAAUCAGAGAGGUGAUAUCGGCAGUCACGUGCGUCUCGCUGCUCUCAAAGGCAUCCAACAACUGGUCGAUUCCUUCCCCCAGCUAAAGAUGGAAACUGUUUUGCUGCUUGUCGGAAAGACGCUCCAACAGGGCGCGGAAAAGAUCCUUCGAGUUCGAGAAGAAGCGGCAAAGACUCUCAUCGCUCUCCAGCCUCAUUCCAAGCUUCAUCCUGACAUUGAGGAGCUCUUUAAAAUCAUGAUUUCAAAGAACAACGGACUCGGCAAAUUCAAUCAAAUCUGGGUCUCAUUCUGGGGCGCAGAAAAGAUGUUUUCUCUUUAUUCAAAAUUGCUGAAAAUCAAAUCCUUUCAGCGCCAAAUUUUACAGGGACUGAUCGUUUCUGCUGGUGAUCUGACGCAGUCCUUGUCGCAAAAUGCCUUCAAAGCGGCUAAUUACUUCAUGGAUGAUUGUCAAGAAGAGGAGCUGGAAGAGAUCUUCAACCAAACAUCAGGAAAGCCAGUUUUGAAAGUCCUCGAAGAAUUUCUUUCCCGAGAAUACUUUGAAGACAUCGAAGAGAGCAAAAAACUCGAGAAAGUAUUCGAGCUUUGCAUCAAGUAUACAAAAGCAAAGGACAGUCAAAACGCAAUCAACGCGAUCAGCUGCUUGAAUGGACUUGCCAGGAUGGAUGUUUUCUACGAACGAGCAUUCGCGAGAUUCAGACAACUUUUGUACAAUAAGAAGCCGUUUAUCCGAUACCAGACGGCUGAAAAACUGCUUCAAAACUACGAAAUCCUGUCAAUCACUCGCGACAUCCCGAAUUCCGUAACUCAAACUCUCCGCGAAACCGACUGGGUUGACGAUUCGAAAGACAUCGAAUUCUUCAAGGAAAUGUCUAAAAGCAUUGUCGACCAAUUUCUUCAAGCUGCUUAG